AUGUCACACGUCAGCGAACCAGACCAAGCACAACAAGAACAACGCCAGCGCCAGCAAGAAGGACAGCAGCAGAAGGAAAAUGGCACACAGCUGGAAUUCUGGAAAGUGAAUGUCCCGCCCGAGCAGUGGCCGGCUACAUGUCCCGACUUUCUUAGGAAUUGCGGAGAGAAAGAUCGCAGUAUCAUUGGGACGCCUGAUGAGCAGUAUACGAAUCUGACGUGGGAGCAAGUCAAGGAAAUCAUUAAAACGGACAAGGUAGACAAGUUCCAGCGACGCCCCAGCGAACUGCGACGGUAUCGAGAAUUUACCUAUGACUUGGUGAAGAAACAUGGCAAAGACAUCAAGAUUCUCUACAACGACUGGCCCUAUGGCAUUUCGCCCAGCAUAACACACUUGGUCGUCUGGACCAAGUUCGAGCUUGAAGAUGACCCCGUGACUGGUCGAUGCACUCCCGCAUCUCGACGGGCGAUUGGCGAGUAUGUGCAGAGGGUGUUUGGAGGGAAAGCAAAGGAAGUGGCGUGGUUUAAGAAUUGGAAGAGUUUGAAGAGUGUGCAGUCCGUGGAGCAUUUUCAUGUCAUGUUGUAUGGGGCAGAUGAGGAGUUUUUGAAGGAGGUCACUGGGGGAGAUAUGAGUAUGUCGGAGAAAUGCAGGAGAGCGUACGAAAUGAACAUUUCAACAUCUCCAAGGCUCAGACAAGCAAGCCAGUUUGAAUGUGAUUGGUGUCCCCUGAAGAUCAUCUUGUUGCCUCUGUCGAUGCGUCGAGGUGAUUGGAGCGCGAUUCAUUGGCAAACUUUGACCAGUCGCGUCGUGGGCUGUGGCGCUGCUCCAGCCACCCUGGGAGCACCUCAAGGAGUGAAGGACUGGACAAGUGAACAACUAACCAGGCUCAACCAAAAAGGCAAAAGCCACUCUCGAAGCUGCCCCUCCCCCAGACCGACUUUGGGCCUGUUUCGUCGUUUGGUCGCUGCAGCUGUGUUUGCGAGAUUGAGUCUUCUUUUGCUGUCUUUGCAGUUUUCGCAGCCGCAGCAAAGAGCAGGAGAUUGCCCGAGACUGGGUGAUUCGGCAGGAGCGACCUUCUGUCUUACCGUAGGGAAAGAGUUCCACCGCCGCCUCGACAUGCUCGGUUACCUCACAAGCCGCUGGCAGAGCUCCAGCGAGCCCCAGAAGACGGCGCCCAACUGGUUCGACCGCCAUGUCUCGCCUCUUCUGCUGUCUGUCGCAAAGAAGGCGUGCACACAUCCAAUCCACACAAUCGUCACCAUCGCAUUUCUGGCCAGUUACUCGUACCUCGGCAUACUGGACAAGGGGCUGUUGGAGAGUGGCAUAGAGGAGGCGACUGGCGGUGUGGACCUGCAGACACUGCUGGCGGGCAGCAAGAGGCUGAGAGUGGGAGCCGAAACGUCAUGGCAAUGGGAGGCUGAAGAGAGCAGGACAGAAGGGCAAUCGCAAAAGGCGGCACAAGAAUUCGCCCUCGUCACCCUCGUAUUUCCCGACUCCAGUACCAUCAACUCGGCCCCGUCGCAACAGACGCUCCCCAGCAAUCUCUCCGCAGAGCUCCUCCCCAGCUCAUCGAGCUCCUUCUCUACCCUGUCCCACGAUACCUCGCUUGCCUACUCGGUCCCCUACGACGAAGCCUCCGACUUCCUCAUGGCCAUGCAGGAGAUGUCCGCGCCCGAGAAGACUGCACAGGCGCAUGGCUUUGUCAAUCAAGGCACACACGAGACGAAGAAGUGGAUGAUGAGGGCUUCCAAGAAUGGUGCCGCGCCUGGAGGAGUGCGCAAUUGGUUCAGCGACUCGUGGACUUCUUUUGUCGACUUGCUCAAGAACGCAGAUACCGGCGAUAUCGUCAUCAUGGCUCUGGGCUAUCUGGCCAUGCAUUUGACCUUUGUCUCGCUGUUUCUUGCCAUGAGGCGCCUAGGAUCCAACUUCUGGCUCGCUGCCGCUGUCCUACUCCAAUCGGCUUUCGCUUUCCUCUUCGGUCUCGCAGUCACGACAUACAUGGGAGUGCCCAUCAACAUGAUUUUGUUGUCUGAGGGUCUCCCUUUUCUGGUUGUUAUUAUCGGCUUCGAAAAACCAAUCGUGCUCACCAAGGCUGUUCUUUCCGCUUCCUUGGACGCUCGCCGACCCUCGGAUCAGUCUCGCGGCGAAGCCUCCACUAUCCAGUCGGCUGUGCAGACUGCGAUCAAGAGGACUGGAUUCGAGAUUGUCCGCGACUACUUCUUUGAGAUUCUAAUCCUGGUCGCUGGAGCCAUGUCCGGAAUCCAGGGAGGACUGCGACAGUUCUGCUUCCUCGGUGCUUGGAUUCUUCUGUUUGACGCUAUGAUGCUGUUGACCUUCUACACUGCAAUUCUCACCAUCAAGUUGGAGAUCAACCGUAUCAAGCGCCAUGUUGCCCUUCGCAGGGCGCUAGAAGAUGAUGGUGUCGACGGCAAGGUCGCCGAGAGCGUGGCCCGCAACAACGAUUGGCCCAGGGCGCGCGAUAUCCAGGCUCAGAGUCACACUACGACGGCGUUUGGCAAGAAGAUUACUGUACCCAAGUUCAAGGUCCUCAUGGUCGCAGGUUUCAUCCUCGUAAACGUUCUCAACGUAGUAACGCUCCGCUUUGGCCUCUCUCCGAGCCAGGUAUCCCAUGUAUCUGGCGUGAGUGCUUCACCCCCUCUGGAUCCCUUCAAGGUCGCCGGAAGUGGCCUUGACCUCAUUCUGGAGCGUGCCAAAACUACUGGCACCUCCACGACGGUGACUGUCUUGGUGCCCAUCAAGUAUGAGCUUGAAUUUCCUUCGGUCCACUAUGCCGAACCCACCAUUACCAACGAGUCGGCCUUUGGAUCCAACAUUAGCUCGCACAUUGUUGACGGCGUGCUCAAGAGUCUGGAAGACCCUUUUCUGAGCAAGUGGAUCGUCCUUGCUCUCGUUAUGAGCGUUGUCCUCAACGGAUAUCUCUUCAACGCAGCGCGCUGGACGAUCAAGGAGCCACACAAGGCCCUCGAGCCACCUCUACCUAGUGAGGUCCAGGAUGGGGCCCCCUCUGUACCUCCGACUCCGCGUGUGCCUAGUAUGCAUAUGCCAACACCACCGCGUACACCUGGCCCCGACGACCAACCCCGGGCUGUACAGCCUCUGACCACUCGACCCGCGCCACAAAGAUUGAUGACGGAGAUCCCAUCAGGACCCACUGACGAACAGCAAAGACAACCUAACCGCCCAAUUGAAGUCCUGGAACAGAUGAUCAAGGACAAGCAAGCGCCUAAGAUGACUGAUGAAGAGCUUGUGGAGAUGUCGCUUAGGGGUAAAAUUCCAGGCUAUGCUCUCGAGAAGACACUCGGCGACAAGACCCGUGCGGUUAAGAUCCGCCGUGGUUUGGUUUCACGCACCCACGCCACUCGUGAGACUUCGACACUCUUGGAAAGCUCGCUGCUGCCGUACAAAGACUACAACUACGAUCUUGUCCAUGGUGCAUGCUGUGAGAACGUGGUCGGCUACCUUCCCCUUCCUCUUGGUGUUGCUGGACCCAUUUUAGUAGAUGGCCAAAACUACUUCCUUCCUAUGGCCACUACUGAAGGUGUGCUUGUUGCCUCGACAUCAAGAGGUGCCAAGGCCAUCAACGCUGGUGGCGGUGCUGUCACUGUUGUCACUGGUGACGGUAUGACACGAGGACCUUGUAUCGGAUUCGAAAGUCUCGCAAGAGCAGGUGCCGCGAAGAACUGGCUCGACUCUGACGAAGGUCAACGAACAAUGAAGGAUGCCUUCAACUCCACCUCCCGCUUUGCCCGCCUGCAGUCCAUGAAGUCUGCGAUUGCAGGCACAAACAUCUACGUUCGAUUCCGCGCCACCACUGGCGACGCCAUGGGCAUGAACAUGAUUUCCAAAGGUGUCGAACACGCUCUAAACGUCAUGGCCAACGACGCGGGCUUCGACGACAUGCGCGUCGUCACUGUCUCGGGCAACUACUGUACCGACAAGAAGGCUGCGGCGAUCAACUGGAUCGAUGGCCGCGGUAAGGGUGUUGUUGCCGAAGCCAUUAUUCCCGGCGCUGUCGUCCGAUCUGUACUCAAGUGCGAGGUGGAAGACCUUGUGCAAAUGAACAUUUCCAAGAACCUGAUUGGAUCCGCAAUGGCGGGUGCAAUGGGUGGUUUCAAUGCUCACGCUGCUAAUAUCGUUGCCGCCAUCUUUCUUGCUACGGGCCAGGAUCCAGCGCAGGUCGUUGAGAGCGCGAAUUGUAUUACCAUCAUGAACAACAUAAGAGGCGACCUCCAAGUCUCCGUCUCCAUGCCCUCGAUCGAAGUCGGCACCAUUGGCGGCGGCACCAUUCUCGAGCCCCAAUCCGCCAUGCUCGACCUCCUCGGCGUCCGCGGCGCUCACCCCACGUCUCCCGGUGACAAUGCACGCCAGCUCGCCCGCGUCAUUGCAGCCGGUGUCUUGGCCGGUGAACUCAGUCUCAACAGCGCGCUGUGCGCUGGUCACCUGGUCAAGGCGCACAUGGCGCACAACCGCAGUAACGUGCCCAGUCGCGCGCCGACACCUGCACCCCAGACGCCCGUCACGGGCGCGCAGACACCGAUUUCGGGCGCGGCGGGCUUGAUGCCCCUCAGUAUGGCGAAUGGCCCGUUGCCGAAGCGGUAG